CCGCCCCGCCCCGUCCCUCUUCGCCGCAGGGCGGUCGCUGUUGUGUGGGUGGCUCACUAUUAACGUUGACUUCAGCCACGACCCAUGGCGGCCUCGCAGGUCCCAGGGGAGAAGAUUAACAUCCAGGCGGGAGAGACGGCCAAGGCUGGGGACAGGGACCUCCUGGGGAACGACUGUCUGGAGCAGGACAGGCCCCCCCAGCGCUCCUGGAGGCAGAAGUGCGCCUCCUACGUGCUGGCUCUGCGGCCCUGGAGCUUCAGUGCUUCCCUCACCCCGGUGGCCCUGGGCAGUGCCCUUGCCUACAGAUCCCAGGGCGUCCUGGAUCCCAGGCUGUUGGUGGGGUGUGCCGUGGCUGUCCUGGCUGUGCACGGGGCUGGCAAUUUGGUCAACACUUACUAUGACUUUUCCAAGGGCAUUGACCACAAAAAGAGUGAUGACAGGACCCUGGUGGACCGAAUCUUGGAGCCCCAGGAUGUUGUCCGGUUUGGCGUCUUCCUCUACACUUUGGGCUGUGUCUGUGCCGCUUGCCUCUACUAUCUGUCCCCUCUGAAACUGGAGCACUUGGCUCUCAUCUACUUUGGAGGCCUGUCUGGCUCCUUUCUCUACACAGGAGGUCCUUGCCAAAAUACGAGCACGUAACUGAGGAGGCCUCGCAGAGGGAAAAGAAAUCUGCCGGUCACCAUGGAGAACAGAGGAGGGGACCCAAAAUGAAUGAUAUACACUAUGGGUAAGUUUUCAUGGGAGACAGAUGAGAAGAGAAAUAUCCAGCCCAUGGGCUGCUGCCCGGGAGGGAAGGCCUGCGAGGCUGUAUGAGAGAAUCAGGAAUUUAAGGGAGAGUUCUGAGAGGAACCUGGUACCACGCAUCGCUGGUUGCCCCGUUCUGCUUUGAGACUGGCAGGGUGAGACUAAAGACCUGGCCCGGCCUCUGCCCCUGGCUGGAGUGAGGGGAAAACUCUUUAUGCUCUGCUGACCCUCAAACCUGAGAAGCUCAAGCCACUUCUGUCCGCACAGGGGCAUCCUUCAUAUCUCAGUAGGGUGGAAGGAGCAGAGAUGGGGUGGAGAGGGAAGCCCAGCAUCUCCUCCAUCUCCCACGCCCUUGCUGCCUUACCUUGUGCCACACCCUGCUCUGUGCCUGUCCCCUCCCCCAGUUAGGGCCAAAGGGCUGAUGGCAGGUGAGCUCAGGCCCCCAGCCAGUGGCUUCCCACGGGCAGAGAGUACCCUGGGCCACCUGGACAACUUGGAUGAAAUAAGAGAGAGUAGGGGUUGGAGGAGGCCCUCUUCUCCCAUCCCCCCUCUACCUGAUGGGUAUUAGGAAGCUAAUUAACUGGGGAGAAUACCGACAGGCAGAGAUGCCCUUUGUAACCUCUUACUACUUAAUAUUCAGAACCUAUUUCACCUCCUUGUAGCAGAACUUCUAAAAAAGUCACAUAAUGAAUCACAUUAGAAUUCAUCCGAAAUGGUUUCCAUAAAGACAAUCAUUAUUGUCUAGUGAUGAUUCCAGGUGAGCGCACGGGCUCCCUGAGUACCAGAGCUGAGGGAGGGCUUGCCCCCUCUCCCUGAGGCCCACCCACUCUGUCCUGCUCCGGGAAGCACAGGAAGGGUCUGCUGAAGCUUGCCCACCCCUCCCCUCCUCACUGUGUCCCGCCAGCUCUGCUGCCUUCCACACCAGCAUUAAUACGCCAUCUAACAGCUUGCCUCGCAAUCCUGAGUGACAAGGGGUUGGAUGAGGAACGUCAUCCAGGAGAAAAUGGAAGGAAACUGGCUGGAGCCCCCAGUGGCUUGCUGACCUCUGGUGGCCCUUUCUUCCCUCCCCUCACUCUUCUGCCCAAUCCCCACCCCCACCCCUGCUCCCAUGCUUGGAUCUAGUGUGGCAAAAGAGGUGCUCUCUGGAGCAAAGGGCUUGCCCUGAUGACACUUAGGAUGCAGAGGAGCCCUGAGAAGCUGAAAGGCCAUCUCCUUGCCCCAGAGCAGGGACACCUGAUCCAAUAACCCUGAAGCCAGUGACGAUAACUUAGUUAUCGCCCAUGCUGGGACCUGGGCUGGGCGGAUGGGCGUCUUUAAAGCACCUUCCCUACGAAUAUACAACCUUUCAAAACUAAUCUAUGGUGUCGGAAGUCAGGAGAGCGGUUGCCCUUUGUUGGGGGGUGGAUCCGAAGGGGGCUUCAGGGCACAGAUUAAGCAGGCAUUCACUUUGAGAAGAGUCGCUGAUGUACACACGUACAACUUUUGCAUUCUUCUGAAUGUACAAUACACCUCAGUAAAACGUUUACCCCAAAACCCCUUUGUCAAGUAGAGAUUGCUAACAUUUCCAUAAUUAUAUCAUUGGAAUCAAGUACUCUCUAUUAGGGUGGGAUGACACAGACAGGAGAAGGCAGCGGAUAAUCCUCAAUUGUUUUCGACUUGGAUUGGAAUCAGUGUCUUACACACAACACACACUUGUUUGCGAGAGAUUUGCUUCUGUAAGUGUGCAUGCUCUUGCUGAUGUUAAAACCAACGGGCAGUUCUGAUCACACGCUGCUCAGCCUUGGGGGCGAGAUGGUUCAGAAGCAUUCCAGGUAGCAGGGAAGUCAGAUUGAGGCACGAUUCAGAAUUCGACAUAGGUCCUCUCCUCCCUCCAUCUCCUGUCCCUCCACUCAGUGUUGGAUGUGGUCACUGUUCAGGUCACUGGGACGCACACUUCUCUCCUGCUUUGAUGGGUACCAAGGUCAGGUCUUGAAUCAGAGCCACUUCCUCUCGGUAUUAAGGGUUGGAGGAGGGCCCGAGAGCCUGAUCCUAGAUUGGGGACGGUGGUACGCUGUUUGCAACAAGCCCCCUCCCUGUGGCACGCCCCUUAGCAGUGUGCCUUAGCCCCACUCCUCUCAUCAAGAGCCACAGCCUCUUUCCCAGCCCCUUGAGUGCGGGCUGGACUUUGUCUUACUCUGAAUGUGGCAGAAGGGAUGCUGUACGACUUCCCAGCCUAGGCCUCAAUAGGCCUUGCAGCUUCUGCUCUCCUCCACCUGGGACGACCCUGAGACUGCCAGGUGAAGGAGUCGGGUCCAGCCCCCUGAAGGGUGAGAAGCGACACGAAGCAAAGAUGAGCCAUCCCAGCUGCGGUCCUCAGACCAUCCAGCUGACAUCCAGCACCAACCACCACACAUGUGAGUGAAGUCAGUUUUAGACUCUCUGGCCAUCCCAGCCACCAGCUGACUGCACACGAGUGAGCCCAGGAGAGACCAGCCCAAGUUGUCCACCCACAGCAUCACGAGCAAAUAAACAGUUGUUAUUCUAAGCCAUUAAGUUUUGAGGUGGUUUGUCACAUAGCGAAUCAUAAUUGAUCUAGUUACUAACACCCUUGCCUGGGCGUCCACUGGCCAAUGCCAGCAUCCUAGGGGACAGGACUGUGCCCUCAAAUACUCUGUGCAUUCUUCCAUCUAGAAACUCCAGAAGCAACUUUUGCCCAAGAUUUGUUUCUUUGCUCAUCCCCACCAGUUUCCAGGCCUGACACGCAGUGCCCAUUGCUCUUUAUUAGUUUAAUAUAUGUUGAAGCUUCCAAACGGAUGCUGGGGCCCAGGUGGAACAGAUGAAAUGUGACUAAGUUCUGGGGAUGAUUGAUAAUGAGUAGGGACUGGAAAAUCAAUUGUGUUAAUUCCUGGUCUGUCACUGGGACCGAGAAUUAAUGAGAAAAUCUGUCUAACUUAAUGGUAUUUACACAUUAUACAGAGUGUGAUAAAACUGUCUGCAGGUGCUACUUGGCAUUCCAAUCAUACACGGCCUGUGCAGCCUGAGGGGCAGGCAGGUCUGAGUUGUUCAGGACCUGGGCUGGGCGUACAGAGACUUCCUGGGAGCUUUCAAGUACCUCUCUAACCUCUGAGUCGGUCCCAGGCACCUGCAUGGAUCUCACGAGCACAACUGGUCCCUGUCAAGUGUGGGGCACCCAACUGCCACUGUCUCAGAGAUUUGCUGAGGGCACAUUUAUGGGCCUGCUUUGAGGAUAACCACUCCAGAAGCUGCUGGGUAGUUGCACAAUGACUAGAGGAGGAUUCAGUUGGCAUGAUUAUGCCACAUAUGAUACAUGUUGGCAUGAUUUGAGAGACACAGAUGGUCCUCCUGACCCACAGGCCCAUCCCCCAGGGAAGGUCGGCACCAGCCCUGUCCUAUACCACACCCACCCACCCAGUCACUAUCGGAAGGCGCCUUGAAAAGCCUCAUGGAAACUGAUGGAAGAGCCUGCUUUGGAAUCUGAGUGUUUGCUUCCCUGAAACUCUGUAGACUAAGGCUUGCCCGGUGGAGGUGCCCCAACACCUGGUGUUCACCCCCUUGUGUGGUAUUCCUUCAUACUGAAUAGGGCUGAUCUGGGGGUUCAAUAAAAUACUGCAGAAAUGACUGUAUGUGACUUCUGAAGCCAAUUCAUAAAAAAAUAUGGCAGCUUCUGCCUUGUUCUCUCUCGUCCGACUCACUCUGGGGAA